UGUAGUUUUGGUUAAUUCAAUUGUAAACAUGCGAGUGUUAAAAAACGUCUUAUCAUUGCCCAAGUAAGCCAUCUUACACGUAACGAAAUGAGUGAUUAAGCAAGAAAUUGUUUUCGAGGGCGACACGCCGCUUGUGAGUGAACACAGUGGAAAUUUUCAGCGUCUCUUAGGUCGUGUACAAGUGUAAUCGAAUGACGAAAAUAUCUUGGAAAGUCUAGUUCUGGCAAAUUCAACGGGUUCCGCGCUUAAUAAUAGUAGUAUACUAGUGCACAUUCAGAAAUAAAACGAACAAACAGCAUUAUGUAGUUACAAUCAUAGUAUCAAAAUAUAAUUGGCAUAAAUUGUCAUAUUUAAAGUGCAAAAAUGGGGCUUUGUUGUAAAUAUGGAAAAAAGAGCGAGUAUGAAACUGAAGAGGAAUAUGAAGAGCGUGCGCGAUCACAUUUUAUUGUUUUCUUCACACAAUUCAACGUUGUCAUUUCGUAUAGUACGAUAUUAAUUGGGAUUUGGCCAUAUUUAGUCAAAAUUGAUCCAUCAGCCGGUAAAAGCUUCUUGGGAUAUCUAGUAGGUGCAAGUGCUCUUGGACAAACAAUAUUCUCGCCAUUGAUUGGUUGGUGGAGCAACAAACUUAACUCUAGCAGAGUGCCAUUUAUUGUUAGUCUAGUGGUCCUGCUAUUAUCUCAUUUAAUCUAUGCAACAUUAGAGAUUUUUCCACAUAAGAAGUACUGGAUGUUAGCGUCUAGAUUUUUAGCGGGCGUUGGUUCCUCAAAUUUUGCUUUGUGUCGCUCGCACGUCUCUUCAACAACUUUAGUAAAAGAACGCCGGAAAGUGGUAACCAUUCUUUCAUCAUGUGCAACAGUAUCAUUUGCUCUUGGACCAGCAAUCCAAUCCAUGACCAUCCUUGGAGAAACUGGAGUAUGGUUAAUCCCAAACACUUUGAAACUAGACAUGUACACCGCUGUAGGUUGGAUUGGAUUGAUAAUAUCUGUCAUCAACAUGCUCUUGUUUAUGCCAUCAGUGUUUCAAGAACAUCCAAUGAAUAAGCGUGAAGAAAUUUCACCUGAGAAAGACGUCUAUCGAUCAAAGAACUAUAAAAUAUUAGCAAUGCUCUUUAUUCUGCUGAAUUUCUCAUUGACUUUCAAUUUUAUGUUUUUGAAAGUCUUGGGAACUCCAUUGGUGAUGGAUGAAUACGCUAUGACUAGAGCACGAGCAAUGGCAUUAAAUUCAAUUGUCGUCAUUGUAGGAGCUGCGAUUUCUUUUGUUUCCAUCUUGCUGAUUAAUCCAGUCAGCAAAUUCUUUAGUGAAAUGACGUUGUUGAUAUUUUCUUUACUACUUAUGAUAAUAGGAAGAUUCUGUUUCUAUCCGUUUACUAAUGAAACAGUUGUUACUUAUAACGAUGUGAGUUUGAACGAGACUGAACUCAGUAACACCGAAUAUGUUGGAUGUCCUUUGAGUCAACAAUGGUGUGCUGGCGAAGGAAAGAUAUUUUUCUUUCAAUUUAUUUUAGGGAAUGCUUUAGAGAAUGUUGGAUAUGCAAUCGCCAUUACUUUGACUAUGACUAUAUUCUCACAGGUGUUAGGCUCCAAAAAACAAGGAACAUGGAUGGGUUUCCUAACGGCAUUUGGUAGUCUGGCAAGGAUUACAUCUCCGGUUUUCAUUACGUUUUUGUAUGAACAAUACGGUCCACGAACUGUUACAAUAGUAACAAAUACGAUGUUUGCGCUUAUCUCAAUAUUUGUAAUGAAAACAUCCCAUCACCUAUUUAUUAAUAAGAAUAAUGAUAUCGAUGACGCAAAGGAACAGCUCCAAGAAGAUAAACCGGGUAAGGAGUCUACAGUUGACGAUGAGACGGCCGGCGGUGAACCCGCCAGUGAUAAUAAUUUGUUGAACAAACAAGCCAGAACGCAAACAAACACCAUCGAAAUUGUGAGCAAUGCGUGAUGACUAUGGAAUUACUAUGUUUUGUUUAUAUUGUGAAUUGUAUAUAUGAAAUAAAUAAAUAUUGACUGUGAUUAACAAAAAAUAAAUACUUUUAAAAAAAGCAUUUAAAACUGGAAUUAGAUAACUAGUUCAAUAAACUGAUAACAUUUUUUUUUGUUUCAGUGCGAAAAAAUUUAAACAUUUUAACUGUUCUCGUUGUGUGGCGAAGUGUAAUCGUUUUUGUCAUUGGUUUUAUAACUAUCGACUUGUUUUUAAAUAUAUUUUUAUAUUGUUGUUUAAUUGUUGGUUUACUAAGUCAUUGUCAGUCUGCCAGCCGGCGUCGUUUCGAGCAGUUGAAAGUAGUGAAAACUGUUGUAAUCUUAAUCAUUUAAUACUAUUUAUUCAGUGUUAAUAUAUUAAACAUACGUAGAUGCGCUUAUUGCUUUGAAUUAAGGACUACAAGCUGCAGUGCAGGCAACAUGAACGAAUCGAAACUAUUACCAUUAUCCAAUGAAGCCGAAAAAUCGCAUAUUGAAUCACCACAAGAAUAUCGCGCUCGGAAAAUUUCACAUUAUGUUAUAUAUUUUACGAUAACAAGCAGUUCCUUAUAUUACAGCGUGAUGCUUGUCAGUUUAUGGCCAUAUUUAAACCAUUUAGAUUCUUCUGCAGAUAAACAAUUUCUGGGUUAUUUAGCUGCGAUUGGUGCUAUUGGAACUACAUUAUUCUGCCCGUUAUUUGGAAAAUGGUCAAACUCACUGAAAUCAUGUCGCACGCCAUUUCUUUUUACUUUAAUCUGCGGUGCUGUCCAUUAUAUCAUUUAUGUCAGCUUACCUUUGAUUCAUCUGGAUAGUAGAAGAAAUUGGUUUCUAUUUGCUCGGUUUAUGACUGGAAUGCAUGAUAUUAAUAUUGGAUUAGCUCGUGGAUAUAUUGCGGAAUCCACGUUGAGAUCUGAACGUCGAAAGGCUGUGUCCAUCCUGACAGGUCUUCAAACUGUGGCAUUUGCUUGCGGCCCAUUAUUGCAAUCCUUGAUGGUACCACUUAAAGAAAAUGGGUUCACUAUAUUUGGAGGAUAUGUAAGGAUUGACAUGUACACUUCAAUUGGUUGGCUGGCGUUGAUAACAAUUGUCAUCAACAUUAUCAUUUUCUUGCCUGCAAUAUUUCAACAUAAAGAUGUGCGUCACAUGGAAACAUCUACGAGUAGUAGUACGAAUCUAAAUCAAAACUACAAACUUAUUGCGUGGAUUUUUAUAUUUUUACAAUUCUGGUUAAUUUGUAAUUACCUAUAUUUGAAAGUGUUGGGCACACCGAUUGUUAUGGAUGGCUUUGCGAUGAAUCGCCCAGAUGCCCUACAAUUUAACUCGUAUAUUAUGACAGGCGGGGCAAUUGUGUCUUUAGUCGCCAUCGCAGUCUUGGAUAUGUGCUGUAAAAGUUUGGAGAAAUGGAUGUUAUGUAUCUUGGGUUUCUUAUAAUGAUUGUGGGACGGUUUUGAUGUACCCAUCUGUGAGUAGUACUGUUGUCACAGCCGUAAAUCAAACAGAGCAAGGCUGUCCUCAAUGGUCCCAAGAAUGGUGCAUGGAUGAGAAGCAAAUGUCUCAGCUCCAGUUUAUACUGAGUAAUGUUUUGGAUAAUUUUGGAUACUCGUGGGCCAUCACAAUUAUCUACACAAAAUUUUCUCAAGUUCUUGGAACAAAACAGCAGGGUACCUGGAUGGGUUUUAUGACAUCAUUUUCGGGCUUGGCAAGGAUUUUAAGUCCGGUUGUUCUGUCGUAUCUAUACGUUUUGGUGGGAAAUCGUAUUACUAUGCUCAUUUCGAACUUUGUUUUUAUUGGACUCAUUGUGGCCACUUUAUGGGCGAUUAAACACUGGACCCAGAAAGGUUCAGUUAAUUCAGUUGAAGAAAGUUGCGAAAUGAUUGAUCAAAACGGCAAAGAAAUGAACGAAAUUAUUAAAUAAUAAUGAUUAGAAUCUGAAGCAAUUAUUUUCGUUAAUAAAUGUUUAAUAUUA